CUAGCCCCUCCAAAUUUCGCAGCUGAAUUUUUCAGAAAAACCACCCUCAGAUAAAUUUCUUUCUUGAUCUGGAGAAGAAAGGCCUCCAAUUUGUCGAAUUCUCUCAAUCUUACUUCCAAAACCCAGUUGGUGAAAAAUGCAUGACUUUUGCUUUACGAUUCCGUAUGGCCUGAUUCUUGUUGCUGGUGGCAUCGUCGGAUAUGCCAGGAAGGGAAGCACAGCUUCACUGGCUGGGGGUCUUGGCACGGGAUUAGUCCUCCUCUUAGCUGGUUAUCUGAGCCUCCAAGCUUUCCAUAAGCGCAAGAACUCUUAUCUUGCCUUGAUUCUUGAAACUGCUUGUGCUGCUGUACUUACAUGGGUCAUGGUACAUCGCUACCUGCAAACUUCAAAGAUAAUGCCUGCAGGUGUUGUUGCUGGGAUCAGCGCGGUUAUGACUGUAUUUUAUCUCUACAAAAUUAUCACUGGUGGAAACCAUUUCCCCACAAAGAGCGAGUGAUGGCCCUGAGAAGCAGCAUUUAACCUUACGGGUUCAAGACGAGGUUGUAUUUUCGGCUACUUUGCUACAUUACUAAUUAAACAGCUUUGCACGAAAGCAGGAAAAGAAUUUGUGCCACUUUACUGGCAAAUCAACAGAUUUUACCACUCCCACUGUGUUUUGCAUGUAUACAAGUGCUCUCUACUAUUUCACGUAAUCAUAUGAAGAUUUAUGCAACCGUAAGAUGUUGAUUGUUGGA